AUGAAAAGAUCAAAACUUUACAAAACCCAAACAGUUUCAAACUCAGUUUGUAACGAAAAUUUGAAAGAAAGGAAGAGAAAAAUAGCUAGAGGAAGAUUUAACAUGCUUUGCUUGGUUUCGCUAUUUAUCAUGGAGCUGAAAUCUCUUGACGUGGGUUCACUCCUUGUUGGUGCUAAUUAUGGAGAAGAUUUUGAGACAAGGAGCUACUUGUGGAGGCGUGGAGCAAUAGAAGCGAGCAACUUCUUGAAACCGUUGCUUAGACCAGUGGUCACGACAACUUCUUAUUCUCUUCUUCCUCCUUUGGUCACGACAUCUUCUUCUUCUCUUCUUCCAAGCUUGGCUUCUUCUCUUUUCUUCAUCUUCUUCUUCUCAUGA